AAUCCCCGUUGAUCAAAGCGGAACUUAAGAAUCCUCGUCACAUGUUUCUUUGGGGACACUUACAGGGGACGUACCGAUUCGUCGUCAACACCAACAAAUAAGGGUCAGACACACCUGUGAGGUGAGAGUGACAGACAGCAGCAGUGGAGCAUGAAUGUGAACCAGGGGACGGUGGGCAGCGACCCGGUCAUCCUGGCCACGGCUGGAUACGACCACACGGUCCGGUUCUGGCAGGCUCACAGUGGGAUCUGCACCAGGACGGUCCAGCACCAGGACUCUCAAGUGAAUUCUCUUGAGGUCACACCUGACAGGAGCAUGAUCGCAGCUGCAGGAUAUCAGCACAUCCGCAUGUACGACCUAAAUUCAAACAACCCCAACCCGGUAAUCAACUACGAUGGCGUCAGCAAAAACAUCACGUCCGUGGGCUUCCAUGAAGACGGUCGCUGGAUGUACACGGGAGGAGAAGACUGCAUGGCGCGCAUAUGGGACCUCAGGUCAAGAAACCUACAGUGUCAGAGAAUAUUUCAGGUCAACGCUCCGAUCAACUGUGUGUGCCUGCAUCCCAACCAGGCAGAGCUGAUGGUUGGAGACCAGAGUGGUGUGAUCCACAUCUGGGAUCUGAAAACCGACCACAAUGAACAGCUGAUCCCCGAGCCAGAGGUCUCGGUCAACUCGGUUCACAUCGACCCAGACGCGAGCUACAUGGCGGCGGUCAACAGCUCGGGAAACUGUUACGUGUGGAACCUCGCUGGAGGAAUCGGAGAUGAGGUGACGCAACUCAUUCCCAAGACUAAAAUCCCCGCACACAAACGCUACUCGCUCCGCUGCAAAUUUAGCCCUGAUUCCACGCUGUUGGCCACCUGCUCUGCAGACCAGACCUGUAAGAUCUGGAGGACGUCCAACUUCUCUCUGAUGACAGAGCUGAGCAUCAAGAGCAACAAUCCCGGGGAGACGUCCAGAGGCUGGAUGUGGGACUGCGCUUUCUCUGGAGACUCCCAGUACAUCGUCACUGCCUCUUCAGACAACCUGGCUCGCCUGUGGUGCGUGGAGACCGGCGAGAUCAAGAGGGAGUACAGCGGGCACCAGAAGGCCGUGGUGUGUUUGGCCUUUAACGACAGCGUGCUGGGCUGAAGAGGAGGAGGGAGACGGGAGAUCACAGACACUCUGCGGAGGUAAACAAGGACAGACGAGAAAGAGACUCUUUGACAAGAUGUGCCUCAGCACCCUGAGGUGGGGGUGGGAUGUGACGGAAUCCAUUUGCCUGGAGAAAAGAGGAAGAUGAGGCUCCUCGGUGUCAGGUGCGUCUAAGUGUUCAGCACAGAAUGAACAUUUAGAAGAUACUCCAAGUUGAAUGGCCAAUCACAGCAGUUUACUCCAGACAGGAAACCUUCUGUACCCAUAUUAUCAAACGUUUGAAUAAAAUGCAUCAUAACUACACCAUACAAGCCCUUUUUCAACCCUUUGUUUUUAUAGUGCACAUUAUUUAUGUCACCUAAAGGACCACACCGCUCACAUGAACUAAGAUAAUGUACAUUCAUUUGUUCUGCUGGCUUUUAUUCUACAGCAUGUCAUCGUGUACCAUCUUGGCGGGCUCUCUCAUAAAAGAGUUUUUAAUCUGAAGGGAGACCCCACUGAAUCAAAUAAAACUUAAAAAAAAAAUGAAA